GAGGAGCCCGGGCUUGCGCCCCGUCUGUGCAGCUGCCCAGCACAUGUCAGAGAGGCACCGACCAGCAGGGUCCCUCGCCGGUUGUCUAGCCAGUUAGGAUGUUUGGUCUCUGGACAACCUUCACCAGCGUGGUUUUCUACCUCACGCUGGCUGUCAGUCUCGGGGGGCUGGUGGGGAAUGGGCUCGUCCUCUGGCACCUUGGCUUCCACAUCAAGAAGGGCCCAUUCUCCGUCUACGUACUGCACCUGGCCGCCGCCGACUGCCUCUUCCUCUGCUGCCACGUGGCCUUUUCCAUCGUCCAGGCCGCCCUGGGCUCCCAGAACACCCUCUACUUCGUGAUCACGUUCAUCGGGUUUGCCACAGGGCUCUGGCUGCUGGCAUCCUUCAGCCUGGAGCUCUGCCUGUCCGAGGUCUUCCCCACCUGCUACCAGAGCUGCCGCCCCAGACACACGUCGGGCGUCGUCUGCGGCCUGAUCUGGGCCCUGAGCCUGCCGGCCGUGCUGCUGCCCGCCCACGCCUGUGGCCAGCUGCGGGCCGGGACGCGCCCGCUGGCCUGCCUGCGGUACCACGCAGCUAGCAUCACAUGGCUGCUGGCCCUGGCCUGCGUGGCCUGUGUGGCCGGGCUGGUCCUCUUAAUCUGGGUGGCAUGCUGCUCCCGGCGCCCACGCCCCAAGUUCUAUAGCGUCGUCCUGGGCUCAGUUCUCCUGCUCUUCGUCUGCAGCCUGCCCUAUGUCCUCUACUGGAGCUUGCGGCCUCUCCUCAACUUCCUGCUGCCCAUAUUCGCCCCACUGGCCACCCUCCUGGCCUGUGUCCAAGCCAGCUCCAAGACACUCAUCUAUUUCACCUCGGGACGUCAGCCGGGGAAACGUGAGCCGAUGAGAGCGGUUCUCCAGAGGGCCCUGGGGGACGGGGCCCAGCAGGGGGUUGGGGGGCUGUCCCUGCCCAUGAGCGCCAUAUAGGGGUGCUCAGGCCCCACCCCUCGCCUGGCCCUUCCAGGACCAUGUGUGCCCCACCCCACCCCCAGCUCACUUGCCCUGGUUCCCAAGGACCGAUGAGUGAGACCGGAGGUCCUGACCCCCCAUGAGGAGUCCAGGAAGGACAAGGGAAGCAUGAAGAAGACUCACCAGGACAGCGGCAAGGACAGACACCCUGCAGCCAGAGCCCACUUCCCCAGCUCCCACCUCAUCCCCACUCUGCCACGAGCUCAUUCAAGGGAAAGUUGAGGGCAGGGCGUGGAAGAGAAGACUACGUGGGGGCCGUCUUGGCACGCUAGGGCCAUAAUGUCCUUCUUCCACUAAAGAGCAGUGGACCCUGCCCUGACUCAGGCAGUUCUGGGAACACCAAGGUGAUCGCACCGGGACGUCCCAGCAGUGUCCUCACAGGCCAUCAGGUGGCGCUGCUUCUUCACCAAACGCUUCCAAAAGUGGGU